GACUGGCUCGGGACUAUGCCAAAUCUCACCUACCUAUGGCUCCAUGGCAACUCGUUGUCGGGAGAGAUACCGCCGUCGCUCGGCAACCUCACCAAGCUUGCGAGCCUCAUGCUAGACAAGAAUCUUCUAAAAGGCAAUCUCCCUGUUGGCCUCUCGCGACUUCCUCUCCUCCGAACACUUAGUGUCUCCCAGAACAAAUUGGGUGGUGAUAUCCCACUUGGAUUCUUCAACAUGUCCUUGUUGCAAGACAUGUCUCUCGCGGACAAUGCAUUCGGUGGGAGCCUUCCGCCGUACGCAGGCACGGGCAUGAAGAACCUUGAGGGCCUCUUCCUCGGCGGCAACAGACUCACUGGGUUGAUUCCAGCAACACUAGCAAAUGCGUCCGGCUUGAGAUAUCUCAGCCUCUCCGACAACGGCUUCACUGGUCGGGUGCCACCAGAGAUAGGGACGUUGUGCCUAUAUGCACUGGAGAUGUCCAACAAUGACUUGGCUGCAACUGAUGGCGCUGGGUGGGAGUUCUUGGACCGUUUGACAAACUGCAGCGACCUACAAAGGCUUUCUCUCGACAACAACAAUUUCACUGGUGCGAUGCCAAUCUCCAUUAGCAGCCUCUCGAGGGAGCUUUUGGAACUAAACCUCGGGGGCAAUCACAUGUCAGGGUCCAAGCUCGUGCUGAGCAGCAAUGAAUUGAGUGGAUCCAUCCCUCCAACCCUCAGUAACCUACAGGAGAUGGUUCUUCUCAAUCUCUCCGGCAACAAGCUUACUGGCCAAGUCCCGAGACAGCUCUUCGACCUGUCAUCAUUAUCUCAAGCAAUGGACUUGUCGAACAACUGGCUCGAGGGCCCGCUUACUCACGGCAUCAUCCGCCUUGGAAACCUCGGAUUCUUGAAGUUAUCCGGAAACCUCUUCAACGGCGAGAUACCAAAGCAGCUUGAUAGUUGCCAGAGCUUAGAGUUGCUCGAUCUGGACAACAACCUCUUCAACGGAACCAUCCCACCAUUGCUGAGCAAGCUGAAGGGGCUCCGGAGGCUCAACCUGACAAGAAACAGAUUGUCAGGAAGCAUCCCGCCAGAGCUUGGUGAGAUGUCCGGGCUGCAGGAGCUGUACCUUUCACGGAACAACCUGACGGGAGUAAUCCCUGAAGAGCUGGGGAACGUGAGCUCGUUGAUCAAGAUGGACGUGUCCUACAACCAUCUGGAAGGCCAGGUGCCGCUCCAUGGCGUGUUUGCAAACCUGACCGGGAUAAGCAUCACCGGGAACAGCGAGCUCUGUGAUGGCGUUCCGCAGCUCCAUCUGCUGCGAUGUCCUAGUGUUGCAAGGCACACUCAACAUACUGAUUGGCAUCUUCCUAUCGUGAUACCGAUCUUCGGCAUAUCUCUCUUCUCGGGCAUGCUCCUCGCCAUUUUCCUAUGCUACAAGAGAAAGUCGAGACGUGGAGAAAGCACGACACAACCAGACAUACUUGAUGCCAUGAACUACGAGAGGAUCUCCUAUGCCGAAUUGGCGAAAGCCACAAACUGCUUUGCAGAUAGCAAUCUGAUAGGUGCAGGAAAGUUUGGCUAUGUUUACAAGGGGACUCUGCCCCUGAAAGUCAAGGAGGGGUUCGAGCAUGGCCUCGUGGCCGUGAAGGUGUUCGAUCUACAGCAAGUCGGUGCCUCCAAGACAUUCCUGUCAGAGUGUGAGGCAUUGCGCACCAUACGACACCCGAAUCUGAUUAGCAUCAUCACUUGCUGCUCCAGCAUCACCCCCAGAGGCGACGAGUUCAGAGCUCUAGUGUUCGAGCUCAUGCCCAACUAUAGCCUAGACAGGUGGCUGCAUCCGACGCCUGAAGCGCUCAAGAAUGUCGGCAGGCUGACCGCGAUCCAGCGGCUCAACAUUGCGGUGGACAUUGCUGACGCGCUGCACUAUCUCCACGACAGCUGCGUACCACCUAUCAUACACUGCGAUCUCAAGCCGAGCAAUGUUCUUCUCGGUGAGGACAUGAUGGCCUGCAUCGGUGACUUCGGCCUCGCAAAGCUGCUUCUUGAUCCGGGGAUCCAAGACGCCGCCAGCUCUGAGAGCACCAUUGGAAUCCGAGGCACAAUCGGCUACGUCGCACCAGAGUACGGCACGACUGGUAAAGUUUCAACAUAUGGGGACACCUACAGCUUCGGUGUAACACUGCUGGAGAUUUUCACACGGAAGUCGCCAACCGAUGACUCCUUCACCGAUGGCCUAACGCUGCAGGGGUUCGUCAGCGCGGCGUUCCCUGACAGGAUUGAGGAGGUCCUUGACACGACGCUGCUUGUCCCCACGGAAUUCGAUGGUGAUUCUAGCGGUGUUUCAGAGCAGGAUUGGUUGGUUUCUGCCAUCAGGGUUGGGCUUAGCUGCACCAGAGCAGCGCCGUACGAGAGGAUGAGCAUGAGGGAUGCGGCCGCUGAGCUGCGCACGAUCAGAGAUGCUAGUCUCCGUGUCUGAAUCUUAGCUAGAUUUUUUUUCUUCCGAGAGAUAGUGUGUACGGUAUGUUCAGAGUUCAGAACUUCAGGCUUUCCCCAGUUUUUUCUCAUGAGAAGACAUUUCGACCC